AUGAGUCAAAAACAACAACAAGGUUCAGGUUUGUGAAACUUUGUUUUCGUAUUGAUCAGGAACAACUUCGCUGAGCCUGAGGUUUUUUGCUUUCAGGCCGCUCCACGAAUUCAAAUUCAGGGCGUUGCCAGAGCGAGUUGAAAAACGUUCAAUCGUUUCAUUGUAUUUUAGUUAAUUUUUCUGUUCAGUUUUCAACUUAGCAAAGGAUUAUUUUAUAAAAGUAUGCAUCAACGAAACAGUACUGUUAAUUUGACAUUAAAUUUUGGUGUGCAAAAAAUAGAAAAUGCCGUUCAAUAUACUGAAUCAAACGGUUUGCGCUUGGCGGCUUCGUGUGAACACAAACGUCGUUACUUUUUUGUACCGCUUGCAAACCAAGCAUCUCAGAUCUCAAAAUAGUAAGUUGGAAUGCUUUUCCUUCAAAUUUCUUUGCUCUAUUUGAACUACUUUGGGUUCACAUUAGUGCUAAUUCAAUCUGUUGUAACGGCGUAGUGUGACUCCGCUGUAGUGUGAACGUACUCUUAAGUUUAUAUUCCCCGAACUCCUGAUUCAAAAAAUAGGAAAAUCUCGUACAUUUUCCCCAAAAUCAGAGGAGCACACUUUAAUUAAGUUUAAAUUUUUUUUUUAAUUAUUAAUCUGUAAUAAAUUAUUUUAAGGGACUUACAGGGACUUAUUUUAAGGGUUACAGUUCUAUAAAACCCCGCAUAUAAGAACCUAGAAUUUAAGAACCUGUUACUGUGUUAGGCUAAAAUAUUUUAUUUAGACGCCCUUUAAGUAAGAACCUGUUCCUGCUAGAAUUUCAAAACAGAUUCUUAUAUUAUCAAAUAGAGUCAAAAUUAAGUCAUAAGUUACAAUCAGUGUAGCCUUAAAGUGUAUAUUAAGGGUUGGUAUGGCGUAUGCACUGUCAUUUGUUACAUCAUUUGUGCCUAAUUCAUAUAAAUCAUAUACCAUACCUCCCUAAAAAUGAGUCGCUUUUCUCUUAAGAAAAUAAAAACCUAUUUAGGAACCUGUUCAGCCUAAUUUCCUGGUAAGCACCAUUUGCAUAAGAACCUGUUUAGGCUAACUUGCAAAAUCUAGGUCACAGAGUCUAGGUUCUUAUAUGCGGGGUUUUACUGUAAUUAUGGCCGGGGGGGCUGGUGUUUAGUGUGUGUGGGGGGUACAAAUCUCAAAAUCAGAAAAAAGUGGGGGGGUACAUUUUUGAGACCAUGAAAAAAGGGGGUGGUACAGUUUUAGUUCUAUACAAAGAAAGUAUUGAGCAAAAAUAAAAGAAAUUUCUAGAUUAGCAGAAAAACACUAUUAAAACAGAAUAUUUUGAUAAAUUCAAAAAACUGAAGUAUCAAGCCUAGCCCAUUAUACUAUACUGUAAUUAUUUUUACUACUUGUAAAUAUUUUGUGGGCAGAAUUAAUAAAAAUAAAAUUUUUAAAGGUGAUGUAAAGUCCGUAAUGUAAACAAACGCUUUGUUUACAUUUUGAACUCAGUGCUACAGUUGUAAAAUAUGAUUAGAUAUAUAUUAUACAGAAUUUUUAACACUUUUCUGGUUCGUUAUGCUUGUAAAUGAAUACAGACUAGAGAUUCAAUUCAAGAAAGUUCGGAAAGUGUGAAAUAUUAACAACAUUCCAAAGGUUGCUCCCCAACUGAUGAAAUGUUUUGAUGUGCAGAAUAUAUGCGCAGAACAGACUUUACCGCAUCUUUAAAUGAAAAAAAUAUACAAAUAUAAUCUCGACCCAAGACCCCUAAGACGUUUUCAAAAUGGCGGAAUUAUUUAAUUAAAAAAUAAUUUUUUAUAAUUAUACAGGCAGUCAUCACGACAAUCCCUUGCCCUUGGAUUGCUAUAUACAUAAUGUGUCGAAGAUUCAAAAAGCCCAGUUAUCUAACAGACAGUAUUUCAACUGUAUUGUUCAGUCAAGUGAAAACCCCAUACGAGCAGUAUGCUAUUCCCCAGAAAAACGUGCACAAAUCCAUGCUAUUGCUUCAUCAAAGAGUCCUGUCAAAUUACGGAAUUUCAAACUUGGUGAUCAUGGCAACGACCUUGUCAUAACAAAACACACUAAAAUAGACCCACUUGCAAGAGAGGACAUACCAUUUGCUAUCUCAGAAGAAUUGGCCGCUUCCUCCACUGGUGAUCCAAUAAAGUUGUCCUCGGUCCAUACCCUUGCAGGUGAACAACUUAUCUCUGUUAAAGGCGAAGUGUCGAGUAUAUCUGCCGUGAAAACUGUUUCAACCCAUUUCUCUGCCAACACUCCAAAACAAGAUAUAAUAAUUAGAGAUCCAACAGCCUCCUUCAAAGUUGUUCUCUGGGGUGAUCAUGUUGAUUCUCUCACUCUAAAUCAAACCUACCUAUUUAAAAAUCUCAGAGUGAAGAUCACAAAGUACGAGCGGUAUCUUAACACCCCACGCUCAGAUGAAUUUACUGCAAAUGAAAUUGAACCAUUCACUGAUCCUCUCGUGCCUCUCGAACAAGAAGUGAGCACAACCUCCAUUAUAACUGGCAGUAUUAUUGGCGUGCACAAAACCUUCAAAACCCUAAUCUGUCAAUCCUGUCAAAAACGAUCUAUAGAUGUUUCAGGAAACUUAGCAGUCUGCCAAGCCUGUGAGCUUUCACAAGUUCCAGCAUCAUGUCCCGUCCAUUGGUUAGUUCGUCUGCUUGUCAAACCAGAAGAUUCAACAAAAAAGCUUCGCCUGAGCCUCUCUAAUGAAGUCUUGAAGCAGUUUUUUUCCAUCAGAGAUAUUCCAGUUGACCUGACAACCAUUUCGGAAGAAGACUUGAUCCUGUCAAUCUUGGACACAUCUUUAGAAAAGUUCAAAAUGACCUAUGACAAUCUCACCAAUGAACUUGUCAAUAUAAACAUUGAUUAA